UAUGGUGGUAAGUAAUAACUGCUGCGGGAAAGGGACCCGGACCAGCCAGGCAAUUAGCCCAUACUCUCUCAUAUUUCCAAAUCCCAAUACGAUUAGUUGACUGCCCACCCACGACAGCGAUCAGAGGCACCUCUUCCCUAUCCCUCGCUCCGGCGAAUCUAUCCACCGUUAACGGAAGAAUCGAGGUUGCAAAAGACCGCAGUGUAAAAUUUUUAGUUGUUGUUUGGGGAAGGUGGGAGUUUUUCAAUGGCGGUAGAUAUGGAGUCGUUAGUGGAGGCGACAUCGGGUGCGGUAGGUGCGCUAGUCAGCACCACCGUUCUGUAUCCGCUCGACACUUGCAAAACUAAGUACCAAGCUGAAAAUCGAGCUCAUCAGCACCAAAAAUAUAGGAAUAUUUCAGAUGUCCUCUGGGAAGCAAUUUCCAAAGGUCAAGUACUUUCACUGUAUCAGGGCCUAGGGACAAAGAACUUGCAGUCUUUCAUUUCACAGUUUAUCUACUUCUAUGGAUAUAGCUUCUUUAAGAGACUGUACUUGAGAGAAAGCAGAUCUAAAUCUAUAGGAACUACAGCUAACUUAAUCAUCGCCGCUGCUGCUGGUGCAUGCACAGCCAUAGCGACACAGCCUCUUGAUACAGCAUCUUCAAGAAUGCAAACAAGUGAUUUUGGAAAAUCUAAAGGGUUGUGGGAAUCUCUCUCAGAGGGCACUUGGGGAGAUGCUUUUGAUGGUCUUGGUGUUUCCCUUCUUCUCAUCACAAAUCCUUCUAUACAGUACACCGUAUUUGAUCAGCUAAAACACAGAAUGCUAAAGGGGAACAUGACGAAACAAAAAGAUGAUGUAUCAUCUCCAAAAGCUCUUUCUGCAUUUUCUGCUUUCAUCUUGGGUGCAGUCUCAAAAUGCAUUGCUACUUGUUUGACCUAUCCAGCUAUAAGGUGUAAGGUGAUGAUUCAGUCAGCAAAGUCGGAUGAAACUGAGGAGGGUAAGCUCCAACCAAAAUCCCGUAAAACAUUGUCUGGAACAGUCCAUUCCAUCUGGGAAAAAGAGGGGAUAUUGGGUUUCUUCAAAGGGUUGCAGGCACAAAUGCUGAAGACUGUCCUAACUUCAGCAUUGCUUUUGAUGAUAAAGGAGAAAAUUGCGAAGACCACAUGGGUCCUAAUGAUUGCAUUAAGGAGGUUGAUGUUGAUAACGAGACCCAAGAUCAAGAGCUCUUGAAGAAAUCUUGGCGUAAGUCCAAUGUAAAUAAAGGGACACAUAUAGGGUAUGCCACAUGGCCAACCUCUUGGUAAGUGCACUAAAUGUGAAGAUGUUCCAAAAUCCGAACUUUGAACCACAUUGAUUCUGCUUGACUGUAUUCUCAUGAUAAUCCAUCUGAAAUAAGGUUAGCAAGGAUCUUAUACUAGUUACUUGGAGGCACACGCACAGCAUAAAACAUGAGAUAUGCGUCACCAGCCUUCUUUACUCUAGUUCGAAUCACCACACCACAAUGCAAGUCAUGUCUCAAGCAUGCAUAGACUUGCCUCUGAAAGUAGAGGUUUAAGUUUUCGUUUCCCUUAAAGAAGAGACAAGUUGUUGUAAGUUUCUAGCCCGUCCGCGAACGUGUUUUCUGGGUUUGUAUUGUCCUGUAGUAAACCCACAUGAACGUUGUACUCAAAUUUAUAUAGUUUCUAUUCCUCAAAGGAUA